GUGUGUGUGUGCGACUGCUGGGGUCGCAUCAUACACAAUGACACUCUGCUCACAGAGGUCAUCGCGUAACUGCCCAAAUCCUCUCACUAUCUGAAGCAGAGUGCAGGGGAGAGCAGGCGGGUGGAGGAGUUGGGCCGGAUGCUCCUUCCACCUUUCACGCUUCACUUGAUGAGGGAACUGAAGACAAAGUAAGAGAGGCUGUAGUAGCCCGAGCCUUCAUCUAAACCCCUUCGCCAUGGCUUUCCUGCAGCAGAUGCGUUCCCCUUGCCUCUCCUUCCUCCAGACCGUUGUGUCCCUCUUCACGGGGGGCAUCGCCCUCAUGUCCCCCUACUGGUGCACGGGUCGGCAGAAGGUGCCCAAGCCCCUCUGCUCGCCCGUCAAGCACAUUGACUGCAUCCCCGUUCCCGGCAUGUCCAACUCCUCCACCAUCCAGUUCUCCUGGGAGACCGGGGACGACCGCUUCGUCUUCCCCGUCUUCCACACGGGCCUGUUCCUCAUCUGCGAGGAGGACAUCUACGCAGACGCAUCGGAGGAGAAGUGUCGAGGAUUUUAUACGUUGACUCCGGGAUCUGAAAAAGCGAUGAUGUGGCUGGCUCUGUCGCUGGAGAUCAUGUAUGUGAGCCUGCUGUUGAUCAGCUGCACGCUGCUGUCUGUGCAGCUGUGCAUCAGGGCCUGCUGCCCCUCCACGCAGCGCUGGGGCUGGCUGCUCAACGCCUUCGCCGCCAUCUUCACCGUCCUGGGAGGUCUGCUGGGGAUGGUGGGUCACAUGAUGUUCAUGCAGGUGUUUCAGACCACGGCCUCAAUGGGACCGGAAGACUUCAAGCCUCACAGCUAUGGCUACUCAUGGGCGUUCUACGUGGCCUGGUUCGCCUUCACCGUCUGCAUGUCAGCCGGCGUCUCCACCCUCAACAACUACACCAAGAACGUGCUGAUGGUGGGCCCCAGGCACAGCUCCAGCCUCAACGCCUGCAGCUUCAACUUCGUGGGCCUCCUGCCGCCUUACUACACCGCCGGGCACCCGGGCACCGCCCUGACCUGUCCCCGUCCCCGCCCCGGAUCUCCCACCUGUCUCCGUACUACGAGGCCCCCGCAGGCAUCAAACGGGCCUCCUCGUGGAGGCCCGCCCACUUCCCUCCGCCAACGUCCCGCCCAGCGCCUGCAUCCCCGUUCCAUCGCUUCUCCCUCCCCUCUCCGUCGCCGCCCCCGUUCCUCUCCGUCCACGUGCCGCUGCCAGGACACCACCAGAACCGCUACGGGCCGGAGGAGGACUACAGCCCACUUUGACCUUCUGCAUAUGAUUUUCUGGGACUGGGGGAGCUGUGGUCAUCUGGGCAAUCAAGUCAACGGUCUGAAUUUACACUGUUAGCAGGUCAGUGACCCGGAGAAUGAGAUUGAUUAGAAUUGUUCAUUUCUAAUAAAGCCGCAGAGCAAAUGAAGAAGACAACAUUGUUUAGUAAACUGAUUAUAAGAAAUUAUCCAUAAACUGUAUCAUCUAGAAACAUCAGUUGUACUUGUGUAUAUAGAAAGCAUCAGCAGUUGUCAUAUUUUGAACGGACAUCUUGUUUUGAAUAAUGCACAAUACUUUAAUAAAUUCAACCUUCAGACUGAC